AUGUUUUUAUUCGUUCUAAUUUUACUUAUCCCUACUUUUUGUCAAUCAAAUUUUGACAAAAAAGAAUUUCAUUGGAAAUUACCUUUGGGAUCAGCUUCACACGAAAGUAAAGCUGAUGAACUCUUGAAAAUCAACGUUGCUGGUGAAACUUUGUUUACAACAAAUUCAACAUUAACAUAUAUUCCAAAUACAAAACUUUCUCUUUUUCGUCUUUGGCCACGUGAUGAAAAAGGUCAUUUGUUUUUUGAUUUUCCACCAAAUCUUUUCAAAGAUUUUCUCUCUCAACUUCGUCGUUGGUCAAUUCGUAAUAAUCGAUCAGAUGAUAUCAGAUUUGAACCACCAUCAUGGAAAGUUAAAGACGAAUUUAAUGAAAUGAUCAUUGCAUUAGGUUUUGAAAAAUAUCAGCGAAUUCCACCAACUCAAUGUAUUAAAUAUAAACUUAUUGAUGAUUUUUAUUAUCGUGCAGAUGUCACUCCCAACGAAUCAUAUGAAACAAAUAAAACAAAUAAAGUAUCUGGUUGGACAAGAUUUGUUGAUCAAGCAGGUACGAUAAUCAUUGAUUAUGUACCUACUGGCCGAAAUUUUCGUCCAUGUGGUUAUUCAUGGGUUUUUGGUUGGUUUUUUGGUGUUUAUCCAACUCGACUUUAUUCAACAACAAUUGGUAAAAUAUGUUAUUAUGGUCCACAGAACGCCGUUCCAUGUGAUCGAACGGCUAAUGGAACUAUAAGUGUUACUCAUUGCGGUGAUUAUUUUGUUUUUGAUAUACAAAUAACUGAUAAUCAUCCUACCAUUUGUACGAUUGACCGACCAAUGCCCUCUUAA